AAAUUCGCAAAUAUUCUAGAUUUCUAGACCCAUGAUAUUACGAUAUACGAUAACCCUUAUUUUCUUAUCUUUAGUAUGCAUCAUAGACUGCUCGAUCUAGCGGCCUUCUCGGCCUUAUUUUCGCUUCUCGAGGCACACGUUGUGCUCGAGAACCCAAAGCCCUUUCGCUUCGUUCAAUAUGGUCCGACCAACCCCAUAUCAUCAACUGGUGAAGAUUUUCCUUGCAAGAUACCAGCUGGUGGCAAGUUAGAACCUGAGGGCCCACCGACGGUUAUGGCUAUUGGGGAGGAGCGAAGCAUCUCAUUCUCAGGACAAGCAGUCCACGGUGGUGGUUCCUGUCAGUUUAGUUUGUCCGGUCCGGUCAAUAAUGGUGCAUGGGAAACCUACCCCCUCAAGACUGCGGGGUGGAAAGUCAUUCACUCGAUUGAAGGUGGGUGUCCCGCGCGCAAUCAAAGAGGGAAUCUAGAUGGCCCAAAUCAUGACCAAUACUCUGUCAAGAUACCGGAAGGUAUUGAACCAGGUGACUAUAUUUUUGCAUGGACUUGGCUUGCUCGAAUUGGAGGACAGCCUGAAUAUUACAUGAAUUGUGCACCUAUUACUGUCAUUUCGGCUAAGAGAAAACGCAUGGAUAUUUUAGCUCGUCGGACAUCACUUGGCAAGAAAGCGGUCUUUCCGGAGCUAUUCAUGGCCAACAUGGGUGAUGUUUCGGGAGAGUGUACAACUGAAGAAGCCUUACAACAACAGAUAGCAAUUGCGUUCCCGAAUCCUGGUCCUUCUGUUGACUAUCCAGAAGGUUCUGAGAAUCUCUUCAAACAGCAGUGCGAUGGAAAUCCUCGAGCUGGGCAAGGCAACAUUCCUGGAACUCCUGAUGUAAGCACAUCUUCUCAACGUAGUCCGACCUUUAUACCGGAGCCCAAAGCAUCAAGAACCAUGACCUCUUCUCCUAUCUUGACAAUUUCAACGAUAUCUAUAUCACCAUCAUUGUCCACAGGGGUGAUAUCGACUAGUACGCCAACAACGGCUUCUACAACGGACCCAGGAACAUGUGUAGAAGGCCAUCUUACUUGCCUUGAUGAUGGUUUACACUUCGCUACUUGUACUGGUGGUCAGUUGACUCUUCCACAGCCUCUUGCACCGGGGUUUAAAUGUAAGGUCGGCUCUGGAGUCGGCCUUGUCAUUUUACCUGUGUAAGAUUUUAUACCCACGUACCUAAGUUAAUAAAAUAAUUUAUAUAUAUAUACAUGUAUUGCUUGAGAAUUAGACGAGUAACUGUGAAACACUACCUUGAACGUCUCCUCUUUGGGGAAUAGUAGAAUCGAAAUACACCAACUCCAAUACCGAAAAGAGAGAGAGAAAAGGAACUAGGUAUAUACUCUUCGUUGGUAGCUAGUUUAACAUGUAGAAUAUUCACAAGGUAGACAUACUCUCUAUUAUACCAUUAUGGCGGAAGAAAAUCACAUUGUUGAAAAAAGGGCUAAUAGGCGUUAAGAUCGAAAGGAUAAGGAAUAUUCUGAAGAGGCAAAGUCUUCUAGCGCUAGAGGCACCUGGGCCGAAAGUCUAGUAUUAAG